AUGAGAACGAAUGACUCAAGGAGUUUCGUCUACACACUGCUAAAACUACAGACCAAUUGCACAGAAACCCUAUCAGGGACAUCUAAAAACAUUUCAUUGUUUAAUGAAACUCUCGAGACGAGUCACUCACAGGAAGAAGUGUGA